GCUGCGAGCAGCUCCGGGAAGCCAUGGACGUCGAGAGGCUGCUGGAGGCGCUGAACGAUUUCGAGAAGAGGGGCAAGAAGGAAGUGUGCCCAGUGCUGGACCAGUUUCUCUGUCACGUCGCCAAGACCGGAGAGACGAUUAUUCCUUUCACUAUUCAGCGACUAUGUGAAUUGCUAACAGAUCCAAGGAGAAACUAUACAGGAACAGACAAAUUUCUCAGAGGAGUAGAAAAGAAUGUGAUGGUUGUUAGCUGUGUUUAUCCUACUUCAGAGAAAAACAGUUCCAAUAGUUUAAAUCGAAUGAAUGGUGUUAUGUUUCCUGGAAAUUCACCAAAUUAUACUGACAGGUCUAACAUAAAUGGUCCUGGAACACCCAGACCAAAUCGACCAAAAGUUUCUUUGUCAGUCCCUAUGACUACAAAUGGCUUGCCUGAGAGCACAGAGAGCAAAGAGCCAAAUUUACAGCAAAAUGAAGACAAAAGUCGCAGUGACUCUCCGACAUUUGACUCAGAAGGUUCUUCAGUGAGUCCUAUAAAAAAUAAACAUCCAGAUGAAGAUGCUGUGGAAUCCGAGGGACAUGAGGUAAAAAGACUCAAGUUUGACAAAGAAAGUGAAGUCAGAGAGACAGCCAGUCAAACAUCUUCCAGUGAAGUAUCUUCAGUAAUGAUAGAAGAAACAGAAGCAGCAUCUUCAUCACGGGACAAAAACAAAGAAAGUAGUUGUACCAGGCAGCACUGUACAGAGGAGGAUGAGGAAGAGGAUGAAGAUGAAGAAGAAGAGUCUUUUAUGACAUCAAGAGAAAUGAUCCCAGAAAGAAAAAAUCAAGAAAAAGAUUCUGAUGAUGCCUUAACUGUGAAUGAAGAGACUUCUGAGGAAACUAAUCAAAUGGAGGAAUCUGAUCUGACUCAACCUGAGAAAGAUUUACAUUCUGAAGUUAGUGAAAAUACAGGCCCUGUAAGUAGUGAUUCUGAUUACCAUGAAUCAGAAGAAUUAGUAGAAUCCAAUUCCAGUAAAACUGGAAAGAUUCUCUCAGAAUCAUCUAUGGAAAAUGAUGACGAAGCCACAGAAGCCACAGAUGAACCAAUGGAACAAGACUAACUAUUUAGAAACAUUUAGAUGCAGUAUUUUACAUACAGUUCUGGUUUUACACUGUAUAAAACUUUUAUGUAAUAAAGUGGACCUUUAGUUUUACAAGAGAAGCAGGUUGUAAAAUAAAGUACUUUAUGGGAUAAAUCCUGAGAGUUGUAUGUGAGAACUGUGAAUAUCAGCUCCUCUGGGUCCUGCUUACCGCUGACUUUUUUGGGGUCUGGUCAAAUCAGUGGUUUGUGUAUAGAUUUUUUUUUUAAAUUUAGAAUUAAAGGUUUUAAACUGGAAGGUAAUAAUUAUAAUUUUAAAAACCUUUUGGAGAUUAUCACAUUUAGUUUACUACAUACGCAAAAAAGCUUUUUGUCUUCUCUCUUUGGGACAUCUGUAGCAGUUUUUGUAUUUUGGUCAUACUUUCAACAUUUUAACGUGAAUUAUAGGGUUUCAUGCUGGUUUCCAGAUUUUGUUUGGCUAUGUACAAUGGAACGUUAAGUCAUAUAUACAUAUAUAUAUGUGUGUGUAUAUAUAUAUUAUUCUAAGGGGGGAAAUGUUAUAUUUUUCUGUUUCUAUAAGAGAUGAAUACAGUGGAUACUUUUUCUAUUGGUAAUGAUUGAGUUCACCUCUUUCAGAAGACAAUUUCUUUCUCUUCUGAGAAUUCAAAUAAAAUCUGGCCCUUGUGAAACCCUGGAAAUGUUAAGUCUGUUGAAAUACUAGGUUAAACACAUUCCAAGAGAUCUGUUCAACUAAAAUUCUUUUGUAUACUUCUGAGGUGCCUGAGAAAAAGACUUCAUUAUUUAUGAGAAAAUGUGCUUUAUCUUGGAAAUUGUGUUCAAACAUUAGCGUACUAUUUUGUAGAAUGAAUGCUUGUAAAGUUGAUAGGAGUCCAUCUCAGAAGAACCAGGGAGGUUCCUUUUACCUUUUGCUUGCUUUUCUGAACAUUGUGAAUAUUACACAUUCUUCCUAAAUUAUUCUAGAGUAUGCAAAUGUCAAUGGUAUGAAACACCACUGUACUGGAAGAAUUAAUAUAUUACUUAGCAAUGUGUACCAGAGCUAAAUGACUAAAGCUUUAGCGGUGCAUAAAAACCACCAUAAUUUGUAUGACAUUUUGAAGUGAAUUAAAUAUUUUUGAACAUGCUUCUUUGACAGCCAGUGUUAUAUAUUUCAGAUCAACACAAAGCACAAUGAUUACUCUAAACUCGAUAUUUUCAAAUUCACAUAUUUAAAGUCAUACAAGCUGCAACUUCCCUGUCAAAAUUACUGGCUGCCAAAUUUAUACCUGUUUCUUCAGCUGUACCUUUUGAUAUUUAGAAUUUUUAAAUUUCUGUAGAUUUUGUAGAAUGUAAUGUGUUCACUGCCUUUGUGAAGCGGUAUAUAAUUGUAUAAUUUCUGUGUGUAAACGAAUGCUUGGGCUUUCAAUACAGUAUUCCUAGAAAGCAAUAAAUAUUAAUGUUAUGAAAAAAAA